AUGGAUAUCCAACGCCAGUUUCCUGGUGUCCACUGGAUAUGGGGAGGAGGUAUCUCUUUUGUUUACGAGGUCCACCCUCGUAUCGUGGUCAAAGUCCCCAAGUCUGGGGAAUUCGAGAGGGAACAAUUCCAAAAAGAGCUCGAGAUAUAUCAAGUAUUCUCGCAAAAUCCGCCUUGUCCCUCCAUUGUGCAGUGUUUUCACCUUUCCAGCAGUGGUAUCUUCCUCGAGUAUAUGAGAGAUAUAUCGCUUUCUUCUAGGAUACAAAAAAACCAUACUCGGGACCAGCAAACUAUGGUAGUUACUACAGUAGAAAAGUUGGAACCUCUACCCCUGCGAAAAGAAUGGAUGAACGAUCUCGCUCAAGCCGUCGCUUUCUUGGAAUCCGUUAAUCUUGCUCAUGGUGAUUUACGACCUGAAAAUAUUCUACUUGAUCGCAACCGACUAAAGCUAUCCGAUUUUGACUGUACGGCGCCAAUUGGUACAAAUUACGAAGCUUGUAUGGCUCCGUAUGGCCGAAUCCUCAAUAACAAUGAGUCGGACCAAGGGGAAUGUGGAACUUUUGGCUUUCUUGGCCCUCGAAAAGAACAGUUUGCGCUUGGUUCCUUAUACUAUUUUAUUAUUUGA